AUGGAACCAGAAGUCAACAGAACUUUCACUGUUAAUGACAUACAUCCCUGUUAUGAAUUUGAUAAUACAACUUAUGUAUUUACAAGCAACCCUUCCAUAAUAUGUGUAUUGUUAUAUAUUUUCCUCUGCUUAUUAUCUGUUGCCACAAUAUGUGGGAACCUUCUUGUAAUAACCUCCAUCACUUACUUCAAACAGCUCCACAUCCCUACUAACUACCUCAUCCUGUCUCUGGCUGUGGCUGACCUGCUUGUAGGAGUUUUAGUCUUUCCUUUCAGCAUGGCAUUUACUGUAACCUCAUGUUUGUAUCACGAAGAUCUAUUUUGUAAAAUAAGAGAUGGCUUUGAUGUAUCGUUGUGCACAUCUUCUAUUCUGAACUUAUGUUGUAUUUCCAUAGACAGAUAUUAUGCAGUAUGUCAGCCUCUGACAUAUACAACUAAAAUUAAUGUUCAUGUUACUGUGAUCAUGAUCCUGGUCAGCUGGGGUAUUUCUGCUCUAAUUGGAAUUGGCAUCAUAAUUGGAGGAUUCAGCCAAGGAACAUGUAAAGAAAUAUGUUCAGUUGAUAUUGUAAUGGCAAACACUAUGGGACCUGUUUUCUCAUUUUACCUCCCAGUGAUCAUAAUGCUCUGUAUCUACCUGAAGAUUUUCCUUGUUGCACAGAGACAGGCACGCAUCAUCCAGAACACAGCCUGUCAGAGCACAAAGUCUGGAGAAACUUUCAGUAAGAUGGAGAAAAAAGCCACCAAAACUCUGGCUAUUGUGAUGGGAGUUUUUCUAUUAUGUUUGACUCCUUACUUUCUUUGUAUCAUCUUACAGCCUUUCACUUAUAAUCCCCCACCAGUCUCUGUGAUUGAAACACUUAACUGGCUUACACUGUCAAAUUCAAUGCUCAAUCCCUGUAUUUAUGCUUUCUUUUACAGCUGGUUCAGAUCAGCAUCUAGAAUGAUCAUUUCUGGGAAAAUAUUUCAAGGUGAUUUUGCUAAUUCAAAAUUGUUUUGA